AUGAGUGACAAGGGUACUGUCUCACCAAAAGAGGAGGGAGCGGAGAAGAGGGGACGUGGAAGACCAAGGAAACAGCCAGAGGUGAAAAGCGGUUCUGAUGUAAGUAGCUUUAUAAAACAACACUACCUUUCUUCUGUAUGAUAGAUCAUGUGUGACCAGGAAACACUAUGGGCCCUACUUGGUUAUGGCUCCAGGGCCUGGUUAUGCCCACCCAACUAGGGCCCAGAGUUUUCCUGGUUAAGUUAACUGGUCAACCAAACCCGGUUCCUGCAGCAGGUCUCAGAACCCACCACAAAGCAGUAGCGUAGCCCAUCAGAGGUGUCUUAUUCCUAUGUAGUUUCACCAUGGAGAAUGCCAGACUCCAUUGUGUCAUUUCUCUUGACUUAGUGUAAAGAGUAAUUGGAUAUGUCUCUUUUUACCUUUCCCCCACCCCCUCCUCACCAGCCCUGGCUGUGUACAUAUGUAAUGAUGAUCAUCCAGUGGUCUGGCAGGCUGUCAUUGAUAUGUAACCUGAACCCCUUAAACCAGUGGUAACCCACAUACCCCAGCUCUACUUCUAACUGAUUGGUUUAUGUAAGUGAAGUAGAAGCAAUGAUUGGUCCAUGUUGCUGUCACUCUCCUGAGGGUGUUGUUGGUAUUGGAUUGCUUGGUUGCUAGUAGCUGCUGCUGUAAACAGACUUAGGAGGAGGUAAUAAAAACCUGCACCUCCAUAAUAUACAGCCAAAUGCAUUAAUCAUGUUUAUUAGUGUUUGCUGGUAAACCGCCACCAUCCCUGUUGAGUGUAGUGAUCAUGUUAGCAUUUUGGUCAUGCCAAUUUACCACACAAUACAUUUGAAUGUAUUGUUUUGUACUAAUGAGUUUUGCAAUUGAUGCAACAGUUAAAUCUGCCCCAGAAGUCUAGUUCUGAACACAGGUCUGCGCAGAGCUAUAUUAUCUUUGUGUUAUACUAUACCUCUACUCCCUACAUACCUCUUAUUUACAACUACCAUAUUUUUGGUCUGAUCUAAUCCACUGUAAUUUCUCUAGAGCUUUUUACAGUUAAUGGAAUUUGAAAAUGUGGCUGUGACCACCUGUUGUCUUAAAGUAGCAACGGGUGUCAGUUGCACUGACCUUGAACAGUGCACUCUUAGUGUCAUGAAUAACAAAGUAUUCCAUGUAAGAAGCUGCGUGUCGUAUCACAUCAUACAUGGAUGUAGACCAAGUUGUUUGCCCUCCAUAAAAAGCAGCUUAAUUCAUCAUUUCAUCCAUAGUGUCAAACCUUGGGAUGCAACAACUAUAGAACCACCAUUUUACGUGUUGGCAUCUUUGACUGUUCAAAUGUAACGUUGUGCUGUCCACCUGACCAUUUCCCAUAUUUUUCUUUCAGGAGCCCAGUGGGUCCCCUACUCCAAAGAGGCCCAGGGGAAGGCCAAAGGGUAGCAAGAACAAGACUGUAACCAAAGGCAAGGUAAGGCAAUACGGUAACCCUAUUUUACUCAACCGAAUGAAUGUAACCUGCUAGACUUUCAACUAGGCUUAGCAGCCACCUGUCAGUCAUCCUGCAAAAACCACAUUAGACAUUGGAUCCUGCAGGCCACUUGGUUGACCAUAGAUUACCAUUAGGGUCAGAUGGAGCAGCUAUCACCAGCUCCUAUAGUUUUAGUUGUCCCUAUGGUUUUAGCUUUAUAUUACCAGAGUUUUCAACCCCAUCCUCAUAGUCAAGUACUAUGAAAUUGUCAUGUACCCAUGACGGUUGAUGAUCUUUAGCUAUCACAGUGGUAGCUAACCUCAUAGGUGUAAAGUACUUAUGUAAAAAUACUUUAAAGUACUACUUAAGUAGUUUUUUUGGGGUAUAUGUCCUUUACUAUUUAUAUUUUUUGACAACUUUUCCUCCGCGAUGUUCCUAAAGAAAAUAAUGUACUUUUUACUCCAUACAUUUUCCCUGACACCCAAAAGUACUCGUUACAUUUUGAAUGCUUAGCAGGACAGGAAAAUGGUCCAAUUCACACACUUAUCAAGAGAACAUCCCUGGUCAUCCCUACUGCAUCUGAUCUGGUGGACUCACUAAAUACAAAUACUUUGUUUGUAAAUUAUGUCUGAGUGUUGGAGAGUGCCCCUGGCUAUCAGCAAAAAUAUAUAUACACUACCAGUCUAAAGUUUGGACACACCUACUCAUUCAAGGUUUUUUUUUUUAUUACAUUGUAGAAUAAUAGUGAAUACAUCACAACUAUGAAUUAACACAAACGUCAGGCUCGAAACCUUAAUGACUUGGAAAAGAUCUGCAAAGAGGAGUGGGACAAAAUCCCUCCUGAGAUGUGUGCAAACCUGGUGGCCAACUACAAGAAAUGUCUGACCUCUGUGAUUGCCAACAAGGGUUUUGACACCAAGUACUAAGUCAUGUUUUGCAGAGGGGUCAAAUACUUAUUUCCCUAAUUAAAAUGCAAAUCAAUUUAUAACAUUUUUGACAUGCGUUUUUCUGGAUUUUGUUGUUGUUAUUCUGUCUCUCACGUUCAAAUAAACCUACCAUUAAAAUUAUAGACUGACAUUUUCUUCAGAGUUCAUCCUCUUACUCCGGUGAAGAAGUGGUCUUUAGAACUGCCCAAAUAAAAAAGUAUUUGACCCUCUGCUGAUUUUGUACGUUUGUCCACUGACAAAGACAUGAUCAGUAUAUAAUUUUAAUGGUAGGUUUUUUUGAACGUGAGAGACAGAAUAACAACAAAAAAAUCCAGAAAAACGCACGUCAAAAAUGUUAUAAAUUGAUUUGCAUUUGAAUGAGGAAAGUAAGUAUUUGACCCCUCUGCAAAACAUGACUUAGUACUUGGUGGCAAAACCCUUGUUGGCAAUCACAGAGGUCAGACGUUUCUUGUAGUUGGCCACCAGGUUUGCACACAUCUCAGGAGGGAUUUUGUCCCACUCCUCUUUGCAGAUCUUCUCCAAGUCAUUAAGGUUUCGAGGCUGACGUUUGGCAACUCGAACCUUCAGCUCCCUCCACAGAUUUUCUAUGGGAUUAAGGUCUGGAGACUGGCUAGGCCACUCCAGGACCUUAAUGUGCUUCUUCUUGAGCCACUCCUUAGUUUCCUUGGCCGUGUGUUUUGGGACAUUGUCAUGCUGGAAUACCCAUCCACGACCCAUUUUCAAUGCCCUGGCUGAGGGAAGGAGGUUCUCACCCAAGAUUUGACAAUACAUGGCCCCAUCUAUCGUCCCUUUGAUGCAGUGAAGUUGUCCUGUCCCCUUGGGGAUGGUGUUCUUGGGGUCAUAGGCAGCAUUCCUCCUCCUACAAACACAGCGAGUUGAGUUGAUGCCAAAGCGCUCGAUUUUGGUCUCAUCUGACCACAACACUUUCACCUAGUUUUCCUCUGAAUCAUUCAGAUGUUCAUUGGCAAACUUCAGACGGGCCUGUAGAUGUGCUUUCUUGAGAAGGGGGACCUUGCGGGCGCAGUGUGUUACCAAUUGUUUUCUUGGUGACUAUGGUCCCAGCUGCCUUGAGAUCAUUGACAAGAUCCUCCCGUGUAGUUCUGGGCUGAUUCCUCACCGUUCUCAUGAUCAUUGCAACUCCACGAGGUGAGAUCUUGCAUGGAGCCCCAGGCCGAGGGAGAUUGACAGUUCUUUUGUGUUUCUUCCAUUUGCGAAUAAUCGCACCAACUGUUGUCACCUUCUCACCAAGCUGCUUGGCGAUGGUCUUGUAGCCCAUUCCAGCCUUGUGUAGGUCUACAAUCUUGUCCCUGACAUCCUUGGAGAGCUCUUUGGUCUUGGCCAUGGUGGAGAGUUUGGAAUCUGAUUGAUUGAUUGCUUCUGUGGACAGGUGUCUUUUAUACAGGUAACAAACUGAGAUUAGGAGCACUCCCUUUAAGAGUGUGCUCCUAAUCUCAGUCCGUUACCUGUAUAAAAGACACCUGGGAGCCAGAAAUGUUUCUUAUUGAGAGGGGGUCAAAUACUUAUUUACAUUUUUGAAAUGCGUUUUUCUGGAUUUCUUUGUUGUUAUUCUGUCUCUCCUCACUGUUCAAAUAAACCUACCAUUAAAAUUAUAGACUGAUCAUGUCUUUGUCAGUGGGCAAACGUACAAAUACAUUUUUAUUCCCUCACUGUAUAUAAUAAUUGUGCCGUCUGGAUUGCUUAAAUGAUUAAUACUUUUACUUUUGAUACGUAAGUAUAUUUGAGCAAUUACAUUUACUUUUGAUAUUUAAGUAUAUUAUAAACCAAAUGCUUUUAGACUUUACUCAAGUAGUAUUUUACUGGUUGACUUUUACUUGAGUCAUUUUCUAUUAAGGCAUCUUUACUUUUACUCAAGUAUGACAAUUGGGUACUGGUCAAAGGAUAUCCUGUUGUUAAGUAUGAUUUAUAGGUUAACUGUAAUUGUUUUGGCCCUUCCCACCUCAAGUCUAAAAAAUAGCAGGGCCAGAGCUUCCAUUUGUAAGAUUUUACAUUUUAGUCGAUGCUCUUAUCCAGAGCGACUUACAGGAGCAAUCAGGGUUAAGUGCCUUGCUCAAGGGCACAUCGACAGAUUUUUCACCUAGUCAACUCAGGAAUUAGAACCAGCGACCUUUCGGUUACUGGCACAACGCUCUUAACCACUAAGCUACCGGUCUUGGUUUAAGAUCUUGGUUUACUGACUGCUUAAAGAGAUGCUCAUUUUUCGGUUAAUUCCCCCUGACUUCCUGUCCUCCAGCUUCCUGUAGCUUGUCAUGCACAGUGUGGUGCAGGUGCAGAGGCCGCAUGCUGACAUUACCCCACAACACACAGCCCUAGUUAUUUUCUCCCUCGCGUAACCAUAGCAACAGACAAGGUCUAUCCCUCGCCCCAACCCCCACGCUCCUCUAAGCACUGUGUAUUUGCAGGAAAAGGAUUUAUGUGUAUAUAUGCAUGUGUGUUUAUGUGCAAGCAGGGUUGGGGAGUAACUGAUUACAUGUAAUCGGAUUACAAAAAUACUGUUACGUUACCAGCUACAGUGGGGGAAAAAAGUAUUUAGUCAGCCACCAAUUGUGCAAGUUCUCCCACUUAAAAAGAUGAGAGAGGCCUGUAAUUUUCAUCAUAGGUACAAGUCAACUAUGACAGACAAAUUGAGAAUUUCCCCCCCAGAAAAUCACAUUGUAGUGAUAGUGUCCUUCAAUCUGUUUUCAUGGGUGCAAAUAGGGUAAGCGAAAACAAUGAAUAUUGUUGCUCAUUUAUGAGCCAUAAUGGCUUUGCCUUUUGCCUUAGUUUAUUUCCUUGUUGUUGUACUGUUAGACAGAUGGUAGUAUGUUUAUUGUACAGUGCAAUAUCCUGCAAGCUUUGUCUUCAAGAGCAGUCAUUGAUUAAUUUAUUGCCCAAGGAUUGGAUCAAAACUUUAACAUUAUAUAACAUUCGGAUGUAUAUCUCUUAUCCAAGUCAUUUGAAUUGCCUUCAGUUGGUUAAAUGGUCUGUCCUCUUGUAUUUAUGUCUAGUUAUUGAGGGAGACUGUGUUAUGGUAGUUUUUCUUAUAUGGACACCUAGUUUAUAGUAGACGUGGUUUCAUAUAGACUUAUGGUUUGAAAGAUUUGUGGGGGUUUCUCUGAGAUACUGAAUACUUUUCUGUAGUGAAUUACUUAGAUCAGAUCAGCUUACUGAAUCAGUUCAGAUACAAUAAGUGAAAAGAACCUUCUGAGUCUUGUCCUAAAAAGGAAGUAGAAUGGGUAUUCAUCUGUUUGGAUUGGCACAAUUACCGGCCUUGAAGCCACAAGCAACACAAAAAUGAUGUGCAAUAUAUUGAAGCCUUGAUAUAGAUAUUGUCAUGUUUAGAUAUGACACCUGUCAUACUUAACAUCAAUUGAUGAAUCAAUCAAUUAUUCUCUCCCUCUUCCUUUCUUAUUCCCGUCUACUCCUCACCAUCCAUUGUGAAGGAAGGCAACCUGCUGGCGGAAUUGACCCAAAUAACUAAGCAGCAUGUCUCCUGACCCCCCACACUUCCCCUCAAGUGAUGAUUACUUUUGUUUGUGACACAUGCCUCUCCACAACCCUGAGUACCAGAGGAUGAUUUAUUCUCAUUCUGUAGUGUUGUCACGAUCGCCAAUGAAGUAGGACCAAAGCGCAGCGUUGGGAGUGAACAUGAUGACUUUAAUGUUGAAUAAACGACAAAACAAAACACGAUCCGUAACGUCCUCAGUACACCGACUGAACAUAGAACAAAAACCCACAACCACAAGGUGAACACAGACAUUUAAAUAUGGCUCCCAAUCAGAGAUAACGAGCCGACAGCUGACACUCGUUACCUCCGAUUGGGAGUCACUGACCAAACAUAGAACGCGAACACCUAGACACUACCCACAGUACAAAACACACGGAAAUCUACACACCCUGACUAAACAUAAAAAGUCCCAGAGCCAGAGUGUGACAAGUGUGGCCUAGUGAUCAUCUGAGCCUGAGGACCUUUGUGUCCACAUUGUCCUUUAGUAUCAACAAACAUUGUGCCAGUGCCCAAUCUAUCAAUACGCCCUUGACACUAUAAUAGUUUGAGAGGUUGCAAUGCAUGAAAAGACUGACCUUCCAUGUAGCUUUUCUCACAAGAGGAUUUUGAAAUGGUAUGAGUUCUGUUUUCCCCUUGUUAUUUCACAAUAAUGGUAAUGCUGCUGAAGGUUAGGUGUGAUUUAGUUAGCUUUUCAAUGUCACAAGGUUUUAUUCCGUUUAUUACAGUUUAUUCAAAGAGUAUACAGUUAUACAGUGGGGGGGGAAACAUAUUUAGUCAGCCACCAAUUGUGCAAGUUCUCCCACUUAAAAAGAUGAGAGAGACCUGUAAUUUUCAUCAUAGGUACACGUCAACUAUGACAGACAAAUUGAGAAAAGAAAAUCACAUUGUAGGAUUUUUAAUGAAUUUAUUUGCAAAUUAUGGUGGAAAAUAAGUAUUUGGUCACCUACAAACAAGCAAGAUUUUUGGCUCUCACAGACCUGUAACUUCUUCUUUAAGAGGCUCCUCUGUCAUCCACUCGUUACCUGUAUUAAUGGCACCUGUUUGAAGUUGUUAUCAGUAUAAAAGACACCUGUCCACAACCUCAAACAGUCACACUCCAAACUCCACUAUGGCCAAGACCAAAGAGCUGUCAAAGGACACCAGAAACAAAAUUGUAGACCUGCACCAGGCUGGGAAGACUGAAUCUGCAAUAGGUAAGCAGCUUGGUUUGAAGAAAUCAACUGUGGGAGCAAUUAUUAGGAAAUGGAAGACAUACAAGACCACUGAUAAUCUCCCUCGAUCUGGGGCUCCACGCAAGAUCUCACCCCGUGGGGUCAAAAUGAUCACAAGAACGGUGAGCAAAAAUCCCAGAACCACACGGGGGGACCUAGUGAAUGACCUGCAGAGAGCUGGGACCAAAGUAACAAAGCCUACCAUCAGUAACACACUACGCCGCCAGGGACUCAAAUCCUGCAGUGCCAGACGUGUCCCCCUGCUUAAGCCAGUACAUGUCCAGGCCCGUCUGAAGUUUGCUAGAGUGCAUUUGGAUGAUCCAGAAGAGGAUUGGGAGAAUGUCAUAUGGUCAGAUGAAACCAAAAUAUAACUUUUUGGUAAAAACUCAACUCGUCGUGUUUGGAGGACAAAGAAUGCUGAGUUGCAUCCAAAGAACACCAUACCUACUGUGAAGCAUGGGGGUGGAAACAUCAUGCUUUGGGGCUGUUUUUCUGCAAAGGGACCAGGACGACUGAUCCUUGUAAAGGAAAGAAUGAAUGGGGCCAUGUAUCGUGAGAUUUUGAGUGAAAACCUCCUUCCAUCAGCAAGGGCAUUGAAGAUGAAACGUGGCUGGGUCUUUCAGCAUGACAAUGAUCCCAAACACACCGCCCGGGCAACGAAGGAGUGGCUUCGUAAGAAGCAUUUCAAGGUCCUGGAGUGGCCUAGCCAGUCUCCAGAUCUCAACCCCAUAGAAAAUAUUUGGAGGGAGUUGAAAGUCUGUGUUGCCCAGCGACAGCCCCAAAACAUCACUGCUCUAGAGGAGAUCUGCAUGGGGGAAUGGGCCAAAAUACCAGCAACAGUGUGUGAAAACCUUGUGAAGACUUACAGAAAACAUUUGACCUGUGUCAUUGCCAACAAAGGGUAUAUAACAAAGUAUUGAGAAACUUUUGUUAUUGACCAAAUACUUAUUUUCCACCAUAAUUUGCAAAUAAAUUCAUAAAAAAUCCUACAAUGUGAUAUUCUGGAUUUAUUUUUCUCAUUUUGUCUGUCAUAGUUGACGUGUACCUAUGAUGAAAAUUACAGGCCUCUCUCAUCUUUUUAAGUGGGAGAACUUGCACAAUUGGUGGCUGACUAAAUACUUUUUUUCCCCCACUGUAAAAUAUUGUAUUCAGAUUACAGAUGCUUUUGAAAAACUACAUUAAUUAUUGGAUUACUUUUCAAUUCAGAAAGGAUGUUUGCAAAAAAAAUACAUUAUAUCACCUUUCUGUUUUCUCAAUGACAUUCAAUUCAGCAUUGAAAAAAGGUUUACAUUUUUCCCACCUGAGCGAGUCUGACCACAAGUCAGAGACCACUAUGAUGACACACCAAAUGCAUUUGAUGGAUCCUUUUUGUCUUCUUCUAAUGCUUCUUAAGGUGAAAGUAAUCUAAAAGUAACUGAACGUAUGGGUUUACAUUACUGAUUACAAUGAUGGACAGGUAACUAGUAACUAACAGAUUACAUUUAGAAACUAACCUACCCAACCCUGUGUGCAAGGAUAGAUCUGAAUUGGGCUCCUCUCUUCUUGCCCAAUUUCACCAGCUGUCUCUGAGCCCCAGACCAGGUGGCCAGCGAACUGGAGUGCCCUGUGUGCAGUUCCUGUCAGAUUCCGAGAUAAUAGCCAAUGAACCCAAUGCCCUAAAACCAUCUGCUUCCUAAUAUGAGUAUUAGUGCCCUCUAGUGAGAGUAGAUUAGCAGGUUUCUGUGCAGUUAGAUCAAUUCUUUGUUUUUCUUCCCUCUAUUUCUACAGAAGGCACCAGCAGCCUCAACUGCAGGGAUGAAACGCAGGGGAAGACCUAAGAAAGAGGUAAGAGUAGCUCUUAUUAUCAUAGGUGUUAAUAUUAUCUUUAACUAAUGCCUCCUUCAUUCACGUCCCUUGACUCUGAGUCACUCUUAAGUCGUCACUGUUUGGUUCCCCUCCACAUGCUCACUGCUGUCAGAAAUUCUGAAGGUCUUAAGUUAACAUGUUUACAGAGAAAUUUGGCUAGUUCGUAGAAACAAAAGGACGUAAACGAACAAUCAAACUCAUCGUCCCAGGCGAACUUCAACUCCACCACCCCCUGUGAUUGGUUGAAUAAAGUUGUGGGAGGGUUUCCAGUGGCUUCUGCUUAUCUUCCACUGAUCUUCCACCAUCAACAAAAACCAUGGCAACCAUUGUGUGCAAAUUAAAACAUUCAACUAAACCUUUUCUGUUUGCAACAACCAGCUACCAGGUGUGAAGUCAACUACACCUGGAGUCUGUCGCGUCCUCUUUGAAACAACAAACAUUCCAGAUGGCACUGAUAGCUCUGAAUGAGGAAUUGGCUAAUUUUGGUCUAAAACCUGACCUUUGGGACUCGUCUUCAAGCGAUUCUGAAGACAGCUGGGACGAGGUAAGCAAUGAUUGUUGAAUAAUAUAGUUUUGCUUGUUUUGAAGUAGUUGUGCUUUGCAUUAAGGGGAAUGUGUUCAUUAGGUGUUUUGUGGUAUUGCAUUUGUUGUAAACAAUAACCUUUAGCUGUACCUAACUGUAGGUAACUAUACUUUCAUGAUGACUCAUGUCUUUCUAUUUAUUUAUCUUUAAGGGAGAACAAACCCAAGAGGAGACCUCAGACGCUGAGGACCCUUAUGAGCACUGUCUUUCCGUCGUCAAAAUGCUUUCAUUGUAUUUACAACAGGGUGAAAAGAUUGAGCAGGCGAGAGGGAGGCUAGGGAAUAGUUUGCAUGCAAGCCGUAUGCUGGAAGCUAUGGUUACAUUUGAGGCCAGAUCUAUACAAAUGUUUUAAGUCUGUAUAUCUCCGGGGCCUGAUUGAGAGCCAGCAGAAAGAGCUCAAGGAACUCUUGGCAAGCCUGCACUGGACUGAGAGACAUAUCACUAUUUAUGCUAUAUUGUAGAGCUAUUGAGGAACUGUCAAGUUCUAAACUUUAUCGGCCAUUUUUUUAAAUGAAAGAAACUGUCUUGCUGUUAUUGAGCCGAUAUUGCACUGAAGUGAACCACUGUUACUGAUCUGAAACACAGAUCAGCUGGUCCUUCAUCUUUACUUCAUUUAUAUUGUAUUGUAUCUGCUUUGUAUGAUGUACAUAGUAUUUUCUACAUAUUUACACAUCCAACCUUUUAGUUUUUUUUAUUACUAUUGUUUUCUGCACAAGUCCAUGUUGAAUUCAUUGAGAAUAAAACGUGUACUUAAAAUGUUGUCUUGAGUGAGUCUUUGACACCGACUAGGUAUAGUUGAAAAUACAUGUCUAUGACAUUUUUUAAUGGACUUCACUACAAUUUCAUAAAUCACAUAUUUCACUCCAUUCUUCAAAAAAUGGUCUAGGAUAAAGGAAUUGUUGCAGAAUCAUAAAAAAACUGUACAGUUUAAUCCAGCACAAACCAACCGAACUUUGCCUCCACUGUAAGCAUACUCAUGCCUUAAAUAAAUAAAAUAAGAGCGAGUGGUUAGUGUAGCCUACUCCCAAAAGCCUGUGUUGCAUUAGUCACAGCGGGGAAUGACCCAUAGUUACCCACCUAACUGGCCUCUCUUUUUAUGAAUGAACUCUCCUGCGCCAGAGUGGGAGGAGUUGGUGGGAGUUUGAGGUAGAGGGGAGCUAAGGUGGGAGGGAGCGAAGGAUGCCUCACUGUGAGUGACUCACCACUCAGAUGAGUCACUACAGAUGACCAAGUCCUCCCCUGGGGGCUCUAGGGACUUUCACGCUGGUUUUGUUUAUCAGUGAGAUGUGGUCAAUAUGCACACUCCUACUUCCACUUCAAUACUCAGAUUUUUCUCUAGCAAGGCCACUGUACAAGUCCCUCCCAAAUCCUAAAGACUCCCAAUAGAUAGUUGUUUAUAUUGCAAGGCAGUUAUUGUAGUUGAAAGAUUGAUACACUUCUGGUGACUUAUAUUUGAUCAGAUCCCCUUUUCUUAGUGUGUUAUGUUUUUGGUGUGAACCAGUAGAAAGAUGGGUUGUCUGUGUUUGGUGUCUUUUCAGGAAAAGGAGGAACAAGCAGCCCAGGAAUCAUCUGAAGAGGAGGAGGAUGAGAAAGACUAG